AUGGGCUUGGGAGAAGAUGUACCUGUCCGGAUUCAAGAUGUGCAUGCCAUCUCGAGCUUCAACAAAAUUGCCAACAAUCAGAUAGCAGUACCAGGUGUUCCCCCGCGCCUCCACCCUUUGACCCAGCAACUCGACCUCGAGCUCGAUUACCACAACAAAUCCCUCGGACGUAACUACCCAAGCUUUACCCAUCACUUCGAGCCCCUUGUACGAUCUAUCGAAGCAACCGAUCCCGACUAUGACUUGAGGCAAACAGACAUCGUUACCAACGCCAGUAACCUCCGCAAGAUGUUCAUGAUCUUACUCAAUCAACAAAGCGAAUACGAGCGCUAUGAUCUCACCUGGAGAAAUAACAUACUCUUUCUGUCGAAGUGGACGUCGGACCCAUCCCUUAACUCCAGUUUGGGUCACGGCAGCGGCUUCGAGCAAGCAACGUGCAUCUACGACGAUCUUGAAGACGAACUGCUCAAGAGUAGCGCAAGCCAUCAUCGUGUGAUCCAGUAUCGCUUCGGUGGACUGCAGUUGGUCGUCCAGUCGGAGGUUGACGCAUAUCACUGUGACUGCCACUGCCCAGGCAACUUUGACUUGGCCCUACCAGAAACCUUGUCAGCACUGACUGUCGACGAAGUGGCCCAACAUCGACGGCGCAGCAGUGCGGUCUCUGCCGCCUCCUCUGGGGCGAGCAGCAACAACCUCUCUGUUCUCUCUUCUGACUUGAGCGUUACCUCCCUCGACUGCCACUGCGACUCAACGAGAGAAACAACCCCCGCGUCCCCACCCCCUUCCCCCUGCCGCUCUAUAUCCAUGAAUGACCCAGAAACCCCCUUCUCUGGUGUCCUCUCAGCUUCCGGAAACCUUAUCUACUCCAAUUCGUCCCCGAACCUCCGCGUCCUACGCCUCGGCCGCGAGAUACCCGCCCGCUGCCUCGUAGAGGUCAAGACCCACAAGGUCCGCAACAAACCGCUCUUCAACGCCGAAGCCCAGCUCUACUUCUCCCAGCUCAGCAAGCUGUACAUUGCCAAGAACGACAACGGAAGCUUUCUGCCCACAGUGCCCAGCGUCAGCGAGGACAACAAGAGCAACAAUCCCGUGGAGGAGAAGACCGAAGAUAUCAGGCUCUGGGUAGAGGCAGAGCAGAACCAAAAGACGCUCCAGAAGGUGGUGGCGCUGUUGAAGAGGCUGAAGGAUCUGGCGAAACAGUUUGAGAAGGAAAAGGGAAUCCGGACGAUCACGCUUUUGAUGAGGAAUGAUGGGAUGGGGGAGGAGAGGGGGGUGAAUAUGAAGUUGUAUGAGAGGACGGAGGAAUGUGGGGUGGGCGGGUGUUUGCCGGAGGAUUAUUUGGAUGCUGCUGGGUGGCCUGGGGGAAAGGAGGAGAUGGGAGAUGAGGGUUUGGAAGAUGAAGCUGCGAAGGAGGAGGCUUUGAAAGAUGAGGAUUUGAAAGAUGGAGGUUUGCAAGAUAACUGA